ACGUGUAGUAAUAUAGUUAGUAAUAACCAAUUACAAUACCCUUUUCUUUCUUUUGUGUUUCUUGCUUUCUUCUUCUUCGCUUUCGUCCCUUUUCGGAGUAUCCCUCCCAACCAUGGACGUUGAUCCUUGCCAAUACGAACAAAUUGCUAUAAAUGAAAAAGAUGUCAACAACAUCAUUCUGUCAUACCUUAUACAUAAUUGCUACAAAGAGUCAUCAGAGUCAUUCAUUUCUUGCACUGGGAUGAAGCAGCCUGCAGAUCAUUUGGAGAACAUGGAAAAAAGAAAAAGUAGUAAGGCCUCCUUGAUGGAUAAAUUUCAUUCAUCUUUAGGAAUCUUUCACCAUGCAUUGGAGGGAAAUGUACUUAAGGCGAUUGAGCUCACAGGGCAGCUGGCACAGGAUAUUCUGGAGAACAAUAACGAUUUGCUGUUUGAUCUUCUAAGCCUUCAUUUUGUAGACCUUGUCUGCUCUAAGGAAUGGGCAGAAGCUUUGGAGUUUGCUCAGACCAAGUUGAGUCCUUUUAGUGUGAAGGAGCAGAAAUAUAUGGAAAAAAUAGAAGGUUUUAUGUCCCUUCUUGCUUAUGAGAAUCCAGUGGAAUGCCCAAUGUUUCAUCUGAUUGGCUUAGACUAUCGGCAACAAGUUGUGGAUAGUUUGAAUCAAACUAUUCUCGCACACUUUAACCUUCCCAUCCACACUGCCAUGGAGCGGCUUAUACAACAGACCUCAGUAGUUAGACAAUGCUUAAGCCAGGAGGAUGGGGGGCCUCCACCAUUUUCCUUGAAGGAUUUUCUUAAAAGUCAAUGAAAAGCAGUUAAAUAUCCACUGGGAUGUUGAGGAAUGAAGCAUGUGUACAUUGUGCCUUUUUUGCCACAUAAGGGAUUGGUGCAUGCAUGAUUUGAUCACUAGUGUAAAGUUGUCUUCGUAUACUUUUGUAUAAAUUUUUUGGUAGCAGGCUAUCUAGAUCUUUCGGGUCAUACUGCAUUCUUUAGGUAUUAGUGUUCCAUGAAAAUGGAGAAAAUUGCAAUUCUACCGGAUUAAGAUAAUAUUUUCUUUCUGGGGAAUUUGAUCUAAUUGUGGCCUUAAGAUGUCGUCAUUCUUCCAUAGUUUUCCACAUUUUAGAUUGUAUUCAACCCCUUGUGAGGUUUAGAUGACAACCAUAUACAUUUUUUUUCCAUGCCCUAAUUUUUUAUGCAAAACGCAUCUACA